UUUUAAAAUCAAAUUUAAUUGCGAUAUCGUCGCUUUUUCCAUCACAACAGUAAAAUAAUGAAAUUCAAAUUUAUUUGAAUAUAUUACAUCUUCCUGUUUACUCCAUCAAUCCCUUCUACUCUAAUACUUUUACUACCAGAAUAAAGUAAGUACAAAAAGUCUAAAAAUGGCGGAAAGACCUAGAGCUGGAAGAAAAUCUCACACUUCUACUGCUGAUCUUCUUACCUGGACUGAGUCUCCUCUUCCUUCUUCCCCUGUUCCUUCUUCCGCCUCUCGUUCUCACCAGCCAUCGGAUGCGGUGAGUAAGGUGUUGUUUGGUGGGCAGAUCACUGAAGAGGAAGCUGAAACUCUUGCUAAAAGGAAACCUUGUUCUGGGUAUAAAAUGAAGGAAAUGACUGGAAGUGGAAUAUUUGCUGGGUCUAGUGAGGAUGCUACUGAAAAUGGGAAAACUGGAGUGCGUGUUUAUCAGCAAGCUCUUAAUGGAAUAAGCCAGAUCUCUUUUAGUUCUGAAGAAAAUGUUAGCCCAAAGAAACCUACAUCCAUACCAGAGGUAGCAAAACAACGUGAACUGAGUGGCACACUGGAAGCCGAGUUGGAUACAAAGAUCAAAAAGCCAUUGUCAGAUGCCAAGUGCAAGGAGCUUAGUGGAAAUGACAUCUUUGGUCCACCACCAGAAAAUCUUCCUCGAUCACUGGCUGCUGUGCGAUCAUUGGAGUCAAAAGAAAAGGACAUGGGAGAACCAGCACCACGAGCUGUUCGGACGUCUGUCAGAGUCUCCAAUCCUGCUGGAGGGCAUAGUAAUAUUAUGUUCGGUGAAGAGCCUGUUGUGAAGACAUCAAGGAAGCUUCAUAACCAAAAGUUUCAAGAGCUGACAGGUAAUGAUAUUUUCAAGGGAGAUGCACCUGCAGGGUCAGCAGAAAAGUCACUUAGCAAGGCUAAGCUGAGAGAAAUGAGUGGCAGCAAUAUAUUUGCUGAGGGAGAACGAGUGGAGCCGAGAGAUUAUUUUGGUGGCGUACGCAAGCCUCCAGGCGGAGAAAGCAGCAUUGCUUUGGUUUAAGAUUGUUGCCAGUACGCCUAGCUACAUAUUGACCCCACUUUUAUCUUAUAGGACGGAUAAUAGCUGUUCCUGCCUCUUGUGCAGUACCCUUCGAGGGAUUUGUUAGCUAACUUGCUACCCGUCACACCUGUAGGUUUUGACUGUAACCUGAAUAAACUAGAUCAGACUUGCUUAAUGUAAAGGAUUUCUGCACGCUCUGCGAGCCCUGUUUGCAGUCAGAUUUCAUGUAUGAUCUUGUUCUUUACCUUAAUCUAUUUGCGUGAUGUUACAAAUUCAGGUCAAUAUAACUAAAAUAAAGUUCACUUG